AUGCGCGCGCUCCUGCGCGACGGCGAGGCCCAGUCCGUGGCCGCGCUCGGCAGCCUCCUCUGCUCGCAGGCCCACGGCUCGCAGCAGCAGCAGCGCCGGCUCGACGAGCACCCGGCCAUCUACGCGCUGUACGCGGACGCGCUCGUCGCCAAGGCCGAGCACAAGCGGGCGCUCCGCUAUUUUGGCAUGUACCUCUCUUCGCCAAGCGCCGGCGAGGGCACGACCGUGCGCCUCACGAUGGCCAAGUGCCACCGCGAGCUCGGCGAUACCGAGGCCGCGCUACAGACCCUCGAAUCGAUUCCUGCCUCGGCGCGGACGCUCCCCGUGCACAUGCUUCUCGGGAAGCUCUUGAAGAGCCAAGGCCAGUUCCGGCGCGCCGAAGAGAGCUUUGCCGCCGUUCUCAAGCUGAACCCGUUUGCGCUGGAAGCGUCCAUGGCCCUCGCCGAGGUCGCCGCGCAGAUGGAAGUUGAGCGCAAGCCGACGUCAAAAGGCUACUACGACCGACUGCCGCCGGGCGACACCGAGUGGCUCGAGACGCUGCCCGUGGCGCACAACCAUGUGCUCGGCCACCGCCUCCACGCCGGCCUUGAGGCAAUCGCGGCGCUGGAGACGCAGUUCGGACUGAACGUGUACUGCACGCUGCAGAAAGCCAAGCUGCAAGCCGACCUCGAGUGGCACGAGCUCGCCCGCGCGACCUUUGGACGCGCGCGGCAACUGGACCCAACCAACGUCGACGACAUGGACAUUUACGCGCGCCUGUUGCGAGAUGCGGGGAGUGCGCCGCCUUUGAACCACCUUGUCCAGGACCUCUUUAGCAUCUCGAUGAAUCGUCCCGAGCCGUGGCUGGCCGCCGCCUGCUACAGCGAGCUCAAGACCGAAACCACCGCCGCGCUCCAGCUCGUCGAUCGCGCCAUUGUCGUGGACCCGUCGUUUGCGCGGAGUUACGUGGCGCGCGGGCGGCUCCUCCUCGCGAUGGACCGCCCCGAGCACGCGGUGGCAGCGUUUACCACCGGGUGUCGUUUGGAGCGGAGCCUCGAGGCGUACGAAGGGCUCGUCGAGGGCUACUGCGACCUCUGCCUCAAGGGCGACGACAAGUACCUCGACGCCAUGCACGCCGCGCGCCUCGCCCUCCUCCUCGCACCGCAGACCGCCCGCGCCCUUGUCCUUGUCGGCAGCGUCCUUUCGCUGCGACCCGACCGCCGCGACGAGGCGCGGCGCACGUUUGAGAAGGCGCUCGCGGCGAACCCCGAGGCCCUGCGCGCGCACUUGGGCCUCGUCGACCUCUUCAUCCAAGACGACAACCUGACAGCCGCCGUCAACACGCUCGAGGGGCUCGUGGCCAAGACGCCGCGCGAUGUGCUCUUCGCCAAGCUCGGCGACGUCUACGUGCUACGGCGCGAGUACAACGUCGGGCUGCAGCACUACCACCGCGCGCUGAGUCUCAACAGCAAUCUGUCAAGUGCGCUCGUGGGUCUAGACCGCGUCGAGAAGCUCCUGCGCGGCGAAGACCCGGACGCGGGCUUGAGCACGAUCUCGGCCCUGGACGACGACAUGGACGAGCCAGAGCUGUACACGGACUCCCCCUCUGACUUUAUUUUAGUUCGUAUUAGCAAGGUGGUAAACCCCUUCAACUAA